AGAGUUAUGCUCCAAGACAUUGAGUUUAGAGAGCCUAAGCUUUCUAGAAAAAAAACUAUAGUUUUGACUUUGUGUAAUUAUUUGAUAAAUGGCUGGAGGUUUAAUAUAAAGGAUCAUGAUAUGCACUUGAAAUCACAAAAUAGUGGAGUUUUAGUUACAGGUGACGAGAAUGCAGACACUCAUGAUCCUAAUUGGCUUGUUGUAGUAAAAACAAAGCCUCGAGACUUAUACGAUAUGCAUGAGGAAGCUAUACAUGAG